AAUCGAAUGGUGUAUAACCCCAAACUAUUGUAUAACCUAACAAUUUUCCCAUAUUUUCCAGAACACAUCUUCAUUUGAGAGUCUGUGUUUGAGAGCCCCAAAAUGGACGAUAAACGGUUUCUGCACGUGAAAAAGGACCCAAAGUUCCGGAAAGUGCCCAAGUCCGAAAGCAAAGUGAAAAUCGAUGGCCGCUUCCAGUCUAUGUUUACAGACAAGCAGUUUCAAUCGAACUACACCAGUGAUAAAAGGGGGCGACCCGUGAAACUGCGUUCGAAAGAGGACCUGAAACGGUUCUAUGAAGUGAGCUCUGAAGAAGAAUCGGCGAGUGAAAGUGACAGUGAGGCGCCAGAGCCUGGGAAGCACGUGAGAGCUAGAAGCUCUGCAAGUAGUGAAGAUGAGGCCCCACAGCCGAACAAAUUGGAUGUUAAGGACAAGAAACUGCCAGUGGAUGUUAAGGAAAAGCUGCGCGACUUGCAAGUGGAUUAUGCUCGAGGAGAGAAGUGCCUCUAUUCAGACAGUUCUUCAGACGAUGAAGAAACCGAUCAGGAAGUCUCAGAUUCAGAAGAUAUUGACCACAAAUGGGGCGAACUGGAUGCAGAUGCUGGAACCACUGAGGAAGCAACGCAUAGACUAGCAGCCUGCAAUUUGGAUUGGGACCGAAUCAGGGCCAUUGAUCUAAUGGUUUUGUUCAACUCUUUUCUGCCACCAUCAGGCGCCAUUAAAUCCGUGGUUAUUUACCCGUCCGAAUAUGGAAAGCAACGGCUGAAGGAAGAGGAGGUGAAAGGGCCCAUUGAACUAGUGGAUGCUGAUCCUCACCCGGAGCCUGAAGAGGAUGAGAAUGAAGAAGGCUCCAAGUAUCACAUGGAAAAAUUGAGACAGUACCAGCUCAACCGCCUGAAGUACUACUAUGCAGUUAUUACGGUCAAUAAUGCCAGUUCCGCCAAUAAGAUUUACACAGAAUGCGAUGGCAUGGAGUAUGAAUCGAGCGCUACCAAGAUCGAUCUCCGAUUCAUACCAGACGAGAUGACUUUCGAUGACGAGCCUAAAGAUUCCUGCGAUCAAUUGCCAACGAAAUAUCAACCAAGAUUCUUCACUACCACGGCGCUGCAACAAGCCAAAGUGGAACUCACUUGGGACGAAACGAACCCCGACCGAUUGGAGAUUAGCGAGAAAAUCAACAGCGGAAAACUCGACGAUAUUUCGGAAAAGGAGCUUGAAAACUACCUGGCAGCCAGCAGUGAUGAAGAUGAAUCAAGCGAUGAAUCUGAAGAAGAUUCUCAACAAGGCAGUUCGAUUGAUAAAUACAAGGCGCUGCUGGAGGGUAUCCAGGACAAGGAACAGGAAAAAAAAAACAAGGACUUUGAAAUGGAAAUCUCUUGGGGCGUGAGCUUGAAGAAGAAAACCGAUAAACUAAUCAAAGAGAAGCAGAUUAGUAAGGAGGAUAAAACGCCGUUCCAGAAAUAUUUGGACAAAAAGAAGGAGAAGCGAAAGGAGCGGAAGAAAAAGGCGAAAGCGGAGCAGUCUGAGGACAGCGACAUGCCAUCCGAUAUCGACAUGAAUGACCCCUACUUUGCGGAAGAGUUCAACAAUCCGGAAUUCAAAACGACGAAGAAACUGAACAAGAAAAACCGGAAACAAGCUGUUGAUGAAGACGACAAACAAAAACAGGCAGAAUUGGAUUUAAUUUUGAUGAGCGACGGCGAUGAUGCUGAGGAAAAGAAGCACUUCAAUUUCAACCGAAUGCUUGACAAAGGAAAGAACAAGAAGAAAAAGGGCAAAAAACGCAAUGAAGAGCAACAGAACGAGGACGAUUUUAAAGUUAACCUUGAGGACAAAAGGUUUUCGGCUCGCUUCACCAGUUAUCACUAUAACGUGGAUCCUUCCGAUCCACGUUUUAAGCAAAUCAAAAGGAAAAACGACAUUUGCACCAGCAACGAGGCGAAGAAAGCAAAAUCCGCACCAGGACAGAAAAACGUCGAAUUAAACUCGCUGAUUAAGAACGUGAAACGUAAAACGCAGGCGUUUAGAAGUAAGUGAAUAAUAAAAUAAAAUUUUGUUAAGAGUUA